UCCUACGGUUACCCAAACAGCGACAUCCUGCUCUCUUUCUUUGACCUUUUUCCUUAUAUAUGUCCGAUGAUGUUCGUAUGAUGUUCUUCAUCAACACCUACUUGCCUUCAUCUUUGCUUUCCGUUAUUGAAGAUAUGUACAAAGAUAGAUGAGAUCAAUAUAAUGGAGGGGGAGACGAUGCAUAUGGAACCCUAAUUUAUAUCUGAAGAAAAUAGAAAGUUUUGGAUGCUUUUUCCCAUGGAAGAAAUCGCUUUUGCUCAUCACAAACGUUUGCCGAUCAAAAGGAGAUUCAUGGAGCCUCAUCACCACCACCACCCCCCUUCCGUCGCCGCCGCCGCCGCCGCCGCGGAGGUCCGGAAGCUGCACAUCGUCUACUUCCUCAGCCGCAAUGGCCGCAUCGAACACCCCCAUCUCAUCCGCGUCCACCACCUCUCCCGCCACGGCGUCCGUCUUCGAGACGUGAAGAGAUGGAUGGGAGAGUUAAGGGGAAAAGAAUUGCCGGAGUCAUAUGCAUGGUCAUAUAAGAGGAAAUACAAGACAGGUUAUGUAUGGCAAGACCUGGUGGACGAUGAUCUUCUAACACCUAUUUCCGACAAUGAAUAUGUCCUUAAAGGCUCCGAAAUUUCCUCAUCUACACCUACCAAAGAACACUGUUACCGUGAAAAAGUUGUGCCCAUGCAAAAAGAUUCACUCUUAGAGGAAGAAGAAGAGGAAGCAGCCAAAGGCUCAAAACCUUCGGCAAAAGAAGAAACGGAUCAAAGUCAUCAUCAAUCGCCCUCGGAUGAAUCAAGAAAAACAUCCUCGGAGAUCGAAGAGGAGGAAUCUCCCGUAUUCGGCUCCGAAACCUCGACUAUGACCGACGAUUCCCCGGCGGCGAAGCUUGAAGAAGAUCAAGAGAUGCACGACGGAAGGCGCAGCGUCGACGACGCCGAUCAGAAAUCCUCCUCCCUUCGCUCCCUCUUCGCGAAGAAGAAGCGCGGCGGCGGCGAGGACGGCGACGAGGAAAAGAACGGCACGCCGCGCUCGACAACCUCGAAUUCCACGUUCGGCAAGAGCCGGAGCAGUUCCGGCGGCGGCGGCGGAAGUUCAAGCAUUUUCCGAAACUUAAUCUCUUGCGGCACCGUGGAUACUAAUGAUUCAGCUGUUUUGCCGAUGCAGCGGCGCCGGCCGGCCGCCGCCAGCUCGGCGGAGAUAUGUAAACCGGAGAAGCUCGGAGGGUCUCAGAGGAUCUAUCGCACUAAUUGGAACCAAGAACAGCAGAGUAAACCCAGAAAAAGCUGCGACGGGGUAUACAACGGCGGCCGGAGAUCAUUCUCCGGCACCUACUACAAGUCUCCAAACUGCUCGCAAUGUGGGAAGCCAUUCAACCCUGAGAAGCUGCAUGCACAUAUGAAGUCCUGCAAAGGAAUGAAGAUGUGGGCAAAGACCACUCAUCCAGUUUCCUCUGCACCCGAGAAAGAUUCAGAGAGAUCGGUAGAGAAAUCGACCAAGAAUUCGGUUUCUGCUCGCUUCUUGACUCGCUGAAAGUAUGAAAGCCUGCAGGGAUUUUCUUCAGUAGAUAUAGUUUUCUGCUUCCAUGAUUCUUACAUAUAUGAGAAAGAAAAGAAAAACUUCUUAAAUCCUUCUGUAAAAAAUGAAAUGGUUUAAAGCUGAGCACAUAUAGUUCAUCCCUGUUGCACUAAUUCAUAUGGAUCUGGAAACCAAAACGUCGAAAA